UCCCUCAGUCCCCCGUCCGCCGCCGCACCCUUUUUCUCCUCCUCUCUCUUCUUCGUCCCUCCUCCUUUUUACCUUCUGUAUCUCUCUCGUGCCCGCCGCCGCCCCUUGUUGUCGCUAUGCCCGGGAACCACCAUGGUUGUGCCGCCGGAGGUCGGAGGAAGCCGCUAUCCGCGGCUCUUUCCGCUGCGCUGGAACCGCACAGGGGGCCUCCGCCACCGCGAGCCGGGGCGCGCUCGCUGGCGAGCCUUCUGAGCAGGAAGCCGGCGGGGAGCACGCCAACGUUCACGCGGCCGAGGCUUGCCUGGGGAGCCGUCGGCAAGCUGAUGGGAGGAGCUACUGUCUGGUCCCCCAUCACCGGGGACUGUGGCGUCAAGCUAGAGUCGCCGGUCGCGUCGUCAACAGAGGAGUCUCACCAUGGAAGCGACGUGCAGGUGCCACAUCGUCAAAAGAGCUGCAGCUGGGAGGAGAUCUGAGAAAUAAGAGGAGGAGUAAUCCAGCAGAAGAAUUUGGUGAAGAAAAAGAACAAGGUGAUAUUUCUCUCUUUUGAACACAACCAAACUUGUGUUUUUUCUUUCUUAGGUGUACUUUUUUCUGCGGGAAUUCUUAGGUGUACUUUGAUUUCUUGUGAAUCUUGUGGUCACAAUCAGUGUGUCUAUUUUGGCUAAAUGCUGAGUUUUCUUGAUCCGACGUUGUCAAUCGAGCAGUGCAGAGGAAGGGAGGUGGAGAUGAGAUGGGGGACAAAUGACCCUGCAGCGACAGCAACAAGCAGUAGAUGAUGAAUCUCUGGUAGGUGCUCCUUUCUCUUUAUGACCCAUACUCUCUGAUUUUUAUUUCAUAACAUAAUAUGUAGUUUUAGCUAGACACCUUGUCUGCAGAUUCGAUAAAUGGAAGAUGAAUAUUCUACCAGAACUUUUUGAAGAAAAAGGUCUCUCUCUCUCUUCCUAUUCCUGUUCUUAUGCUUAUGACUCUAGCAUUAAAAGGGGAUUUUGAUAUUCGUGCUGAAACAGAGGACUUGAAUUGAUUUUUUCUAGGAUUAUUAGACAUUAGCAUAUUCCUGAUUAUCCGGUUGAGCAAUUUUCUGUUUUAAUUACGAUGAGCUGAGAGUAAUGAGGCUGCAAGAGUUGUCCUCUAAUUCUGUCAUGUUCUCAGCAGCUACCUAUGCUUUGCGAGCUUAUGAGAGUAUGUAGGUAGCAUGUAUGGUUUUUACAUACUUUUGCACAGAUUGAGAUGCAUCACAUGAUCUUCCUCUCUUGACUGAUGGGUAUUGCAGAGUCCUUUCUUUGCCACAAAGGGCACGAGUUGUGCCAUUCGACUCAAAAGGACAAAGAGUUCAUCACAAGGGGGUGGUCUCUAGGAUAUUUACACAAAAGAGGAAAUCUCUUUUUGUAUAGAACCAAAUUAUACGACCUAAUUGACUAAAUUAUAUCAUGUAUUAAGUACAUUGUAUUGUGUCACCUAUGUUUAUCUCUUUUAUUAAUGUAAGUUUACAACU